UUCAUAACUGACUGCAACAGCAACUCAAACUAACAAUGCAAUUCACGCGCACAUUUCUGUUUGUGGCUCUGACUUUGGUCGCCUGUGUGCACGCUCAACGCUCAGCGCUGUUGCCUGCUUCGGAUGCGGACUUUGGCGCUGCUCCACUCUCUGUCUCUGGCAGUCAACGCUUGAAUUACUUUAAUCAAUACGAUGUGGCAUAUGCUCAGCCCGCUAAUCUUGUGUCCACACCUACAGGAUUUGCUGCAUUGCCAGCAUUUCGCUUUGGCAUGCCCGCACUCAAUUCACGCUUUGCACAGCCCGCUGCGCGUUUGUUAACAGCUGCUCCUUUUAUAUUCUAACUAUAGCUUGGAAUCGAAUCUGAUAUAAUUACAAUAAAGGCAUU